AUGGAGGUUAAAGAUAUGAAAGAAUUAAAGUGGCCUUCAAGGAUGAAGUCACCCCCUGACACAAGAGAUAAGAGCGAGUAUUGUGAAUUUCACCGGGAUCAUGGGCAUACUACAGAGGAUUGUCAUGCUUUACAGCGAGAAAUUAAAACCCUUAUCAAAAGAGGAUUUUUAAAGAACUACAUUGCAUCCUGUGGAAACACAAGUAGUGAGCGAAAGCAGUAUACUCGCCAACAUGCUCAUACCCCAAGAGAAUUCCGUGAUGAAGUCAAAGACAUCACUUUUGGAGCAAGAGAUUUGGAAGGAAUUUCAUAUCCUCAUGACGAUGCCUUGGUCAUCUCUGCGGUUGUGGCUAACUUCGAAGUAAAGAGGAUUUUGGUUGAUAAUGGGAGUGCAGCAAAUAUACUCUCGCAGGAGGCUUUCGCCAAAAUGGGGAUCUCUCCCAAACAGCUCAAAGCAGUAAAAACUCCCCUACAGGGAUUUGGUGGUGGCGUCUUUAUCCCUGAAGGCAUAGUCGAGCUCCCACUUACAUUAGGAACUGGUAGUACACAAGUGAUGGAGAUCACACCAUUCCAAGCGGUUAAUACUCUAAUGGCCUACAACAUCAUUCUGGGAAGACCCCUACCGAACAAGAUCCAGGCUAUUGUGUCAACUUUCCACCUCGCUAUGAAGUUUCCCAUAGGUCAUGGCAUUGGAGUAGUUCGAGGAGACCAAAUAGCGGCUAGACAGUGCUAUUAA